AAGCAGAUGGAACACGUGAACAAGAUCGUCGAACCUCAGCCUUUUAUCAUUAGUCCUUUUCUCUGACGGGACGCGAUUAAAAGAAAUCGGAAUCGAAGUUUAAGUAUUUAUUCUGACGUUUUGCGAAUUCGAAGAGAAAAAAAAAAGCGUAUCGUAUGAAGUUGAUUCUUUAGAACUGAUUCGGUUCACCGAAUUCUGAUUCAUGCGAUUCGAUUCAUUCGUCCGAUCCGAUCUUCUGCCGGUCGAAUGUUGAAAAUGUUCAGUUUUUUUUUUUUUUUUGUUUGUUUUUGUUAUUUUAGUGCAGUCGAAUCCUCGAAGCUGUACGACUCGGCACUUACGCGUGGAAAAAUAUUAAAGUGGUUUUCUAAAAAAAAGAUUUAAAUCUUUUUAUAUAAGAGCCUUGUGCUUUAUUCACGCGAGGUGCAGAUCGAUAGUAAAAUAGUUCUUAUAAAAGCCUGAGUUGAAUGAGUCAAAUAUACCUUCGCUGGCCACUUUAUUAAGAACAGCAGCUGUAAUACCGGCUGCUCUCGGGAUAUCUCCGGUGAAGUCGACGUUGUGCUCGUGACUCCGGCUUGAGAUGAUUCUGUGACUCCUGCUUGAAUAGGAUUAUUUAUUAUCCCAAGAAAACUUUCCCCACACUAUUAGAUCACACCCUUCAGGCUGAACUGUUAAAAAGCUGGUUGUGUUCAUGGAUCCGUGCUCGUGAUGCGAAAUUCCGAUCCUACCAUCUGCAUGUUGUACCAGAUGAUGUUCCAGUCUUCUUUGACUCAGAGUCUGUGCGCACGUGAUUCUCGUUCUCGGCUCCUCUUCCGCAGUCGUCGCCUGUCCACCUCGAGGUCGUGAGGUUAUUUUGAGAUGCUUUUCCGCUCCCCACGGAUAUAUAUCCCCACGCCUCCUUGGAUCUCUUCGAUCGAGGACCGAGUCCUUUUCCCCGUCCUGAUGUUUAAAUAUUUCCCGACCUCCUCUUUAUCUCCUCACGUGAUGCAUUGCUUUGAUUGGCUGAUUGAUUAAUUAACUCAUAAGCAUGAAUGAAAAGCGUUCCUAAUAAAGUGGCAGAUGAGAGUAUGUUGUGGUUAUAAUUGUUUUGAGACACAGAGUCGGAUCGUACUCGGGAAUUUGUUCCACAAAAUAAAAUCACAAACAUUUCUUUAUUUCUAAGUUGGAAAAAUCUCAGAGAUCUUUGCUUGAAUUUUUACCAAAAACGUUCAGAUUUCGUUCUGUAAACGUUCUGACUGACAGUGAGACAAGAUCAGGAAGAUCUCCAUCAUUUCUUUAUGGACCAAGAACACAUUAAUGAGAGAUUCCCUUGUGAAUGCUGCCUGUUGCCCUGUUUUGGAAUGUACCAUUGUUUUUAUUUGUUUUUUUUCCCCUAACAGAUGGAAAGUAAAGAAAAAAAAAUCUUGCAA